GUAGGAAGCUAACCUCAGGAUGGCCAGCUCAGCUCGGGAGCACCUGCUUUUUGUGCGGCGUCGAAAUCCCCAGAUGCGGUACACAUUGAGCCCAGAGAACCUUCAGAGCCUCGCCGCCCAGAGCUCCAUGCCAGAGAACAUGACCCUACAGAGGGCAAACAGCGACACAGAUCUGGUGACCUCUGAGAGCCGCUCCAGCUUGACUGCCAGCAUGUACGAGUACACGCUGGGGCAAGCCCAAAACCUCAUUAUCUUCUGGGACAUUAAAGAGGAGGUGGACCCCAGUGAUUGGAUUGGACUUUAUCACAUAGAUGAGAAUUCUCCAGCCAACUUCUGGGAUUCUAAAAACAGGGGUGUGACUGGAACCCAAAAAGGGCAAAUCGUAUGGAGAAUUGAGCCUGGGCCCUAUUUCAUGGAACCUGAGAUAAAAAUCUGUUUCAAAUACUACCACGGCAUUAGCGGAGCCCUGCGAGCCACGACCCCCUGCAUCACCGUGAAGAAUCCUGCUGUGAUGAUGGGGGCAGAAGGCAUGGAAGGAGGUGCUUCCGGAAAUCAGCAUUCUCGGAAACUCGUCAGCUUCACGUUGUCAGAUCUUAGAGCAGUUGGGCUAAAGAAAGGGAUGUUCUUCAAUCCUGAUCCUUACCUUAAGAUGUCCAUUCAGCCAGGGAAGAAGAGCAGUUUCCCCACCUGUGCCCACCAUGGGCAGGAGAGAAGGUCUACUAUCAUCAGUAACACCACUAAUCCAAUUUGGCACCGAGAGAAAUAUUCCUUUUUUGCGCUUCUUACUGAUGUCUUGGAAAUUGAAAUUAAAGACAAAUUUGCCAAGAGCCGUCCUAUCAUCAAGCGUUUUCUGGGGAAACUAACCAUUCCAGUCCAGAGGUUGCUGGAGCGGCAAGCCAUUGGGGAUCAGAUGCUCAGCUACAACCUUGGCCGAAGGCUUCCAGCUGACCACGUGAGUGGGUACCUCCAGUUUAAAGUGGAGGUUACAUCUUCUGUGCAUGAAGAUGCUUCUCCAGAAGCUGUUGGCACAAUACUUGGAGUCAAUACUGUGAAUGGAGACCUAGGAAGUCCUUCUGACGAGGAGGACAUGCCGGGGGGCCAUCAUGACAGCACGCUUUGCUCUAAUGGGCCAGUUUCUGAGGACAGUGCUGCUGAUGGGACCCCCAAGCAUUCUUUCAGGACUAGCUCUACUCUGGAAAUAGACUCAGAGGAAUUAACCUCUACUUCUUCAAGGACCUCACCUCCCCGAGGACGUCAGGAUUCACUCAAUGAUUACUUAGAUGCUAUUGAACACAAUGGCCAUUCCAGGCCAGGCACGACUACCUGCUCGGAGAGGUCCAUGGGAGCCUCUCCAAAACUAAGGAGUAGUUUUCCCACCGACACGAGGCUCAACGCAAUGCUUCAUAUCGACUCAGAUGAAGAAGACCACGAGUUCCAGCAAGACCUGGGAUAUCCGUCUUCCUUGGAGGAGGAAGGAGGGCUAAUAAUGUUCAGCAGAGCGUCAAGAGCUGAUGACGUGAGCCUGACAUCGCAGACCAAGCCAGAAGACAACCCAGUGGAGAUUGAGGAAGCCUCCACAAAUGAGGCUGCUUCCUUUGAGGAUAAGCCAGAACAUCUUCCCGAGGUUGCAGAGGGCUCCUUACCCUCGGGCCCAGUCCCAGAUGAGAGUGAAAGUGGCCCAGAGUCUCAGCCAAGCGCUGAGCAGGGCAGCACCGAAUUGUGUGGCUCUCAAGAGGUGGAUCAGCCCACGAGCGGGGCAGACACAGGGACUUCCGACACGUCGGGAGGAAGCCGCAGGGCCAUCAGUGAGACCGAGUCCCUGGAUCAGGGGUCUGAGCCUUCCCAGGUGUCCUCUGAAACAGAGCCCAGUGACCCUGCCAGGACAGAGAGCGUGAGCGAGGCCAGCACCAGGCCGGAAGGCGAGAGCGACUUGGAGGGUGCCGACAGCUCCUGCAAUGAGAGCGUUACCACGCAGCUGUCCUCGGUGGACACGCGGUGCUCGUCUCUUGAGAGCGCACGGUUUCCCGAAACCCCAGCCUUUUCUUCUCAGGAGGAGGAAGAUGGAGCCUGUGCAGCAGAGCCCAGCAGCAGUGGCCUCGCUGAGGGGUCACAGGAUUCCAUACGUACUCCCAGUUCUUUACCUGUGGUGCAGGUGCCCGCUGGAGAGGAGGAAGGGGCAGGGGCAGACUCGGCCCCUUUACCUAACCAGGAGGAGGUCGGGGAGGUCUGGCAGCGGAGGGGGAGCUUGGAAGGAGCUACUGCUGCUGAGAGCCAGCCCCAGGAAGAAGGGGAUGCCGGGGAUGCCCACGGGGCUUGUGAAGGGGCCACUGCCCAGGAGGAGGGCGCCACCGGAGGUUCUCAAGCCAAUGGCCACCAGCCAUUGAGAUCACUGCCUUCAGUACGCCAGGAUGUUAGCCGAUACCAGAGGGUGGACGAGGCUCUUCCCCCAAAUUGGGAAGCACGCAUUGACAGCCACGGCAGGAUCUUCUACGUGGAUCACGUAAACAGAACCACCACGUGGCAGCGACCAACAGCUCCUCCCGCCCCUCAGGUGCUGCAAAGAUCAAACUCCAUACAGCAAAUGGAGCAGCUGAACCGGCGAUACCAGAGUAUUCGCAGAACCAUGACUAACGAGAGGCCUGAGGAAAAUACCAAUGCUAUUGAUGGGGCAGGAGAAGAAGCUGACUUUCACCCAGCCAGUGCAGAUUUCCGACGAGAGAACGUCCUGCCCCACUCUACCUCCAGAUCCAGGCUCACGUUGCUGUUACAGUCCCCCCCUGUGAAGUUCCUCAUCAGCCCAGAGUUCUUCACCGUGCUGCAUUCUAACCCUAGUGCCUACCGCAUGUUUACAAACAAUACGUGUUUGAAGCACAUGAUCACCAAAGUCCGGCGGGACACCCACCACUUUGAACGCUACCAGCAUAACCGAGAUCUUGUGGGAUUCCUCAAUAUGUUCGCCAACAAACAGCUGGAGCUGCCAAGGGGCUGGGAAAUGAAACACGAUCAUCAGGGCAAGGCAUUUUUUGUCGACCACAACUCCCGCACCACCACUUUCAUCGACCCCCGGCUCCCGCUGCAGAGCAGUAGACCCACGAGCGCGCUGGUUCAUCGGCAGCAUCUGACCAGGCAACGCAGCCACAGUGCAGGCGAGGUAGGAGAAGAUUCUCGACACACAGGACCACCAGUGCUUCCCAGGCCAUCGAGUACAUUCAAUACAGUCAGUAGGCCACAGUACCAGGACAUGGUUCCAGUGGCUUACAAUGACAAGAUUGUUGCAUUUCUGCGCCAACCCAACAUCUUUGAAAUUCUACAGGAGCGCCAACCUGAUCUUACCAGGAAUCAUUCACUCAGGGAGAAGAUCCAAUUUAUCCGAACUGAAGGGACCCCAGGAUUGGUGCGUCUUUCAAGUGAUGCAGACCUUGUCAUGUUGCUGAGUUUAUUUGAAGAAGAGAUAAUGUCUUAUGUGCCUCCACAUGCCUUACUUCACCCCAGCUACUGUCAGUCCCCACGUGGCUCCCCCGUGUCCUCUCCCCAGAACUCGCCAGGUACUCAGCGUGCCAAUGCCCGGGCUCCUGCCCCUUACAAGCGAGACUUUGAAGCCAAACUAAGGAACUUUUACAGGAAGUUAGAGACUAAAGGAUAUGGACAAGGCCCAGGGAAAUUAAAGUUAAUUAUCAGAAGAGAUCACUUACUGGAAGAUGCUUUUAAUCAAAUUAUGGGCUACUCCAGAAAAGACUUACAGAGAAAUAAGCUGUACGUCACAUUUGUCGGGGAGGAAGGGCUGGAUUACAGUGGACCUUCCAGAGAGUUUUUCUUCCUCGUGUCCAGAGAACUCUUUAACCCAUAUUAUGGCUUAUUUGAAUAUUCAGCCAACGACACAUACACAGUACAAAUAAGUCCCAUGUCUGCUUUUGUAGACAAUCACCAUGAAUGGUUCCGAUUCAGUGGUAGGAUUCUUGGUCUUGCGCUAAUACACCAGUAUUUGUUGGAUGCUUUCUUCACACGGCCCUUUUAUAAAGCUCUUCUCAGAAUUCUGUGUGACCUGAGUGAUCUAGAAUACCUUGAUGAAGAGUUCCACCAGAGCCUGCAGUGGAUGAAAGACAAUGAUAUCCAUGACAUCCUGGACCUGACAUUCACUGUGAAUGAAGAAGUUUUUGGGCAGAUUACCGAACGAGAAUUAAAACCAGGGGGUGCCAAUAUCCCGGUCACAGAGAAGAACAAGAAGGAGUACAUCGAGAGGAUGGUGAAAUGGCGGAUUGAGAGGGGUGUUGUUCAGCAAACAGAGAGUUUAGUGCGUGGCUUCUAUGAGGUGGUGGAUGCCAGGCUGGUGUCUGUUUUUGAUGCAAGAGAACUGGAACUCGUCAUCGCGGGCACAGCUGAAAUCGACCUGAGUGACUGGAGAAACAACACAGAAUACAGAGGAGGAUAUCAUGACAAUCAUAUUGUAAUUCGGUGGUUCUGGGCUGCAGUGGAAAGAUUCAACAAUGAACAGCGACUCAGGUUGUUACAGUUUGUCACGGGCACAUCCAGCAUUCCUUAUGAAGGAUUUGCUUCUCUCCGAGGGAGUAAUGGCCCAAGAAGAUUCUGUGUGGAGAAAUGGGGGAAAAUCACUGCUCUUCCCAGAGCUCACACUUGUUUCAACCGUCUGGAUCUCCCCCCGUACCCAUCAUUCUCCAUGCUUUAUGAAAAACUCUUGACAGCAGUUGAAGAAACAAGUACCUUUGGACUUGAGUGAUCUGGAAGAACGAUGCCAGGCUCUGUAUGGACAGGCAAUUUCAGAAGCUGCUGUCUAGAAGAAUGACUGAAUGUUGGAAGUUUCAAGAGUAUGCUUCCACUAGAGUCAAGCUGAGUGCUAUUAUUUUCCAGGAACACAUGCUCUGUCACAAUGGGGUCCGGAUAGUGGUGAUGAGUCCUCUUGGAAGGAUUUGGGUGAGCUUGAUGCCCAGGGAACUACCCAACAGUCUUUCAAUCAACAGUUGUUGACUGCCAAACUUUUUUCCAUUUGUGUUAUGUUCCAAGACAAAGAUGAACCUGUACACGAUCAGCUCCAUGGUAACUUUCAGGGACUUGGGAGAAUCUUGAAACUUACCUUUGAACGCGGUUCAAGCCCAACUGGCAGCACUUGGCCCAAUCUCCAAAUUAGCUCAAGUUAAAUAAUAUAAUAAAAACAAAUAUAUUUCCUAAAAGUACAUUCAUUUAAGCCCUACGUUAUAGCAGAAUAUUCAUUUUCUUGCUAUGAGUGCCUGCAUGGUGUGCACCAUAGGUUUCAGCUUUCAUGGGACACAAGUGAAAAUGAAACCAAGUCAACAUGAGGUAACUUUAAAGAUUUGCAAUAAGGUGGUCUGUGACAAUGUAUAUGCAAAGUGGUAUGUGUGUAAUUAUGGCUGAAGACAAACUGUUCUACAAUGAAUAACUAAUGACAGAUUUUAUGCUUUAUAAUGCAUGAAAACAAUUUAAAAAUAACUAGCAAUUAAUCACAGCAUAUCAGGAAAAAAUACACAGUGAGUUCUGUUUACUUUUCAUAGGUUCAUUAUAUUUAUGUUCUUUAAGAUGUAUAUAAGAACCAACCUGUUCCGUAUGUAUCACCUGUUCCAUUUUCAUGUUCCAUGCUUACUCGGGCAUCAUGCUAGUACGUAUCCUUUUAAGCACUCUCAAGGGAACAAAAGGGCCUUUUAUUUUUAUAAAGGUACAAAAAAAAUUCCCCGAAAUAUUUUGCACUGAAUGUACCAAAGUUGAAGGGACAUUACAAUAUGACUAACAGCAACUCCAUCACUUGACAAGUAAAUAGAAAAUAGCUUCUAAAUCAAACUUCCUUCACAGUGCCAUGUCUACCACUACAAGGACUGUGCAUCUAAGUAAUAAUUUUUUAAGACUCACUAUAUGUGAUAGUAUGAUAUGCAUUUAUUUAAAAUGCAUUAGACUUCUUCCAUCCAUCAAAUACUUUACAGGAUGGCAUUUAAUACAGAUAUUUCGUAUUUCCCCCACUGCUUUUUAUUUGUACAGCAUCAUUAAACACUAAGAUCAUUUAGAGAGCCAUCAGCAACACCCAAGAGAUCAGCUCUCUUUAGUAAUAAGAAUUCCAUUUUCCCUCAUCAGUGAAGACAUCACAAAUUGAAACUCUCAGCACUAUAUUUCUAAGCCUGCAUUUUCACUGAUGCAUAAUUUUCUUAUCAAUAUUAAGAAACAAUUUUUCUAUGGUCUCUCAGAAACUGCAUGAUAUCACUAAUGUUAUUUCUGCUUAGUUUUAUCAGACGAUGUUCUUCAUUUUUAUUGCUUUUGGGGUUAUUUCACAUCACUGUUUAUUUCUUGACUUCUGGCCGUAACUAAUCAAGAGUGAGUUCUUCAAUAGAGUGAAGUUAAAUCAUGGAUAAUAAAAGCAUUGGAUUCACAUUUGGUUUGCCAGCCUGUGGUUUUACAGGCACUGCCCAGACACCUCUUUGAGAAUUAUAAGUAGCCAUGGAAUUCCUAUUAUGGGAUGUUGGCAAUCUUGUAUUUUAUAGAGUCAGAUGCAUGGUUUUCACAGAUGGUUUUUAAGAACUAAUUGCUCUCCUGUUGGUUAAGCUAUGUUUACCAUUGAGACCCUCAAGAGGAAUACCACUCAUGCUGCGAUCCUGAACUAAAGACAGGUACUAUAGCAUGGGGAAAUGUUCCCCCAAAAGGUUACAGAAAUCUGGAGAUAAGAAAGGAAGAUUUAUCUGUGUACUAUAAUUAGACCAGGAAAAAAGGGAAGAGAAAAAAAUUUUAAUUGGAAAUGUUAGCUUGUGUUUACUGAUCAUGAAUAUAAGUAUAUAUUUAAUUUGCAAACUAUUUUUACUUGUUUGUAUUUUUUUCAUUAUAAGGAAAAAUAGUAUAACAUACUUUUUCAAAAAAAAAAAACAACCCACAUCUUUGACGGUAUAUAAGAUGGUUCAGAGCUGGCAUUCUCUAAGCAGCUGGUAUAAAAAGUUACAUUUCUUUCAAAAAUAGACCAUGUUAGCUUUCAUUUGGUUUGUGACACUUUGCUAUCAUGUUCCACAUUAUUAGGUAAAAGAAGUUUGAAAUAAAAUGUAUCUCUUUAAUUAUUUCUAACAACUAUAGUCCUUGUUAAGGCAUCUAACGUCUUCCCAAAUAACAGGAUAAUCAUCUGCUGUUGCUACUGUUCUCAGAAUUGGGAAUUAUCGAAGACAUACUUAACAUAUCAGAACACUAUUAUAACUGAUCCUACUAUUCAUAAUCAGUAAAACAAAAAAAUCCAAUAAUAACUGUGAAAAUAUUAAAUAACGUUUCUACAGAAUAAAUUGGACUGUAGCAUCUGCUACAAACAGAAAUACCCAUAAAUAUUUUCUUUUGGACUCUGAGCCUAGAUGACUUGGCUGUAUGGUCUCGUUUUCUUUAAGAAACUCAGGAGUGAUGCUUACACUCUGCUGUCUUCUAUAAAAGACAGUCAUGAUACAUCAUGUGUGUUUGUAGAACAUCUCUUAGAUGAAGCAAGAGGCGCACUCUUGGCCUUCACUCUGUGCCAACCACUAUGUUUGAUGAUAGAGAUGUAGGAUUCAAAAAUCUGCCCUUGAGAAGCUCACGGUCUAGUGGAGUAGACACCAAGGUUUUAAAAAAAAGUAUUUUUAAUAAAAUUUGUCAUGUUUUACAAUCAAGGAAUGAGGAGAGAACAGCUUGUUCCAUCUGGGAGAUCCAAUGAAGGCUUCAUACAUGGGAGAUACUGUGGCUGAAAAUAAAAGUCACAUAAAUAGUAACUAAGAGCAUGUAAUAGUGUGUCAAUACUGGUCAAGUGUGGAGGCCCAGGGUACAUUUACCCACAAGGGUUUACAGUGUGCAGGCGGGAGCCGAACCAUGAAGGAGCAACUCAAGGAUCUUCAAAUUAUCAAAGAAAUGCCAAAAUUAAAUCCAGUCAUUUCCCUCCGUUUCCUUUCACCUGUCCUUGAGCCCAACUCACUUCUGGGGUCAAAACAUUGAUUUUGUGCACAAAAAUGAAUAGAUCUUGGUUCAAGAAGCAUGGUCACAAUUUUCUAGCCUAUGUUAUGUUUAUAAUUUAAUAGACAUUCUAUAAUCAAUGAAGGAACACCUCUCACCUGCAUAACAAUCAGAAGUGCUAGAACUGCCUUCAAAUGUUAACAGUAAUGUUAGACUGUGUGUGUGUGUGGUGCUUUAAGGUUUCAAAAUGCUGUCACAUGCAUCUUCUUUUGCUCCUCAUGUACUUUGUGGAGGAGAAGGUAUCAAUCCCCGCUGGGUUGACACUGGUUUUCAUGGAUGCCUCGUAAGAUCCAUUUCAACACUUUACGGUUGCAAUUCUAGGCUUCACUUCAAGAAAUGUGGAGGCUAACGUUUCUUCCAACGUAUUCCACUAUCAGUGAAUUUUGCAAGAUGCUUCAUCUGCCCAAAUUCUCAUUUCUUCAAACAAACGCUCUUAAAAUGUGACACCUUCUAAAAAGCCCGUGGAAGAAAUUAGUGUAUUCACAGAAAAACUCCUCAUGGACUUAAUAUUUGCAUUUUACUACUUGUUACGAGAAAUUUCAAACCAUGCAAAAUGGGAUGGCUUUUGGUGGAUUUCUAUAGUACAGUUCAGUUCUCUAGAAUAUAAUUUGGAAGCAAGAUAAGGUUUGAAACAACCACUUUAAUCAAGAGUUUUACUUUAUUUUUCAAUUCUUAAUGAAGAUGGAUCCAGAGCUCUGGUAGUUAGGUUCCUGUGAUGUGGAUGAAGGAACCCCUGCAGAUUCUCUUUUCCUCUCUGUCCUCUUCACGUUUAUUCACUUUUUUCUUUCUUUCUGCCCAAAUUGUAUUUAUAACUUGACCACUUCUAACUAAAGCAAACAUCUUAUAAUAAAGAAUCUGAAAAUCUUUCCAACUUAACCCUCUUGGGGAAAUUCCCAAGGCAGGCAAAAUGAUGAUCCACCAUCAUUAAAAGAUACCCAUAACCCUGCAUAGUAAAAACAUGCAAAUAAAGAAUGUGACCGAAUCUCCAAACUGGGUCUGAGCUUUAGGCCUUAUUGUGCUCCUCUUAUCUGCUUUAGUGGAUGACUAAAAACACUCUAGAUCUCAGACACCUUACUUGUAACCAUAAAACUUGAGUUGAAAUUAAUGAGCAUGUCACUUUUAAUCAGAUUCUAAUUUUGAAAAACGUGUUACCUUUCUAGUUCAAUUGUGUUUUCCAGAUAGACUUGUUUAUCUAACACAGAAACAAACGAAUGCCAGAGAUAUUAAGCUGUCUAAAUUUUGGCUUAAGGCCAACAGCGGUCCACUAGAGGCAUAAUAAAAACAAAAAGUAGAAAAGAGAAGUCCAGCGGUUGUGUUCCCCACCCCUGCCAGAAUGUAAUGCUAACUGUUGACCAACUGUCAAGACUCAGAAGUGGUAGCUGCAUUCCAAGGAGCUGGCACAAAGGAUAUGAGUGUGUGUGUGCUACCCUUAUCACGGCAAGCUGGGCCGGGGGUGCAGCGAUGAUUAAGACAGGACCGUAAGAGAGGGAAAGAUACAACAAGGGUUGGAAAGAUCAUCUCAGGACCUGCUGGUGGGGGAUAUUACAACCCUGAGGAGUGUUGAUAGGUAUGUUGUAUGAUUCAAACUGAAUCAGCUAUUACUGAUGCAGGUAAAAAUAAGUGACUAAAGAAGC